UGCCGUGGUGCAGGGGUAUCUCUAAUCAUAUUCAGCAUGUUUUGCACAAGAAAUGUCAGCCAGAAAGGAAUAUCUGCUCUCUUCGCCAAAUUAUUCCACAACAAUGUCAUGUUCGGAGAGCACGGCAUCGAACUCUUUCCUGGUGGACUCCCUGAUCAGCGGAGGCAGAGGAGAGGCUGGAGUCUACUACCAGGGCAGUGGAGUCUACUUGCCCCAGGCAUCCGAUGUGUCGUACGGGCUGCAGAGCUGUGGACUUUUCCCAGUGCUGAGCAAACGCAAUGAGGGUAACACAGCAGCCCCCACAUCUCAGAGCUAUGCUCCAGGGAUGGAGGUCUGGCUGGAUGCCCCCAGAUCCUGCCGGAUGGUGGAGCCAUCUGAGAGCCCAGCAGCUACCUCCUGCUCCUUCACACAGAAUAUUAAGGAGGAGAACUCAUAUUGCCUCUAUGACUCGGACAAAUGCCCUAAGGCUGCAGCUGCCACUGACCUGUCCACUUUCCCCAGGGUUAGUGCUGAGGCUAGCCCUGGCCACGGUGCCAGUUCUGUCCCAGUGCCAGGUUAUUUCCGCCUCUCCCAGGCGUAUGGCUCAUCCAAGGGCUAUGGUGCUGCUGCGGCUGCUGGGCAGAUUGCUGCUUCCCAGUUUGCGCCUCUGCCCCAGGCUCGCUUUGACCAGUCCCUGCCUGUGCCCCCCAUGCCUGCAGAGAGUGCCAGGAAGGACAGCGAGGGCCAUUUGCCCAGUGCAGCCCAGCAGAGAACAGAGGAGGAGGCGCUGCACACAUCUUCAUCUGGGGCUGAAGACUCUUCUCCGGCUCCCUCUGACAGCAGCAAGCAUUCCCCGGAGAAAGACACCGGAGGAACCUCGAAAUCUGAAAAUACUGCAAAUUGGCUAACAGCUAAGAGUGGCAGGAAGAAACGCUGCCCAUAUACCAAGCACCAGACUCUAGAACUGGAAAAGGAGUUUCUGUUCAACAUGUACCUGACUCGCGAGCGGCGCCUAGAGAUCAGCCGCAGUGUCCACCUCUCAGACAGACAAGUGAAAAUCUGGUUUCAGAACCGCAGAAUGAAACUCAAGAAGAUGAACCGAGAGAAUAGGAUCCGUGAGCUCACAGCCAAUUUCAAUUUCUCCUGAUGACCCUGCACACCUUCUAUUGUAUCACAAAGCCAGUACUCUUCCACAGUGGUUUCAUUUUGUCUCACCUUAAUGGAUUGCCAAUUCUGUACAUUUCCAAUAUGCCCUUUAUCGCACCCAGCUUCUUUGUUAAUCUGGGUUUAAAGCCAUAAUUGCACACGUCGUUAAGAGCUUUUUAUUAUUAUUAUUAUUAAUAUUAUUAUUAUUAAAAUAAUUAUUUUUAUUUUUUUUUCUAUUUGUUUUAUAGAUUAAAAUAUUUUUUAUGAAAAGCAGUCUCAGUGUUAGUCCUCAUAGAAAGAGCAGGUAUAAUUUGUAUAUUUUAAACCCUACUGCCCUCUGUUUUGCUACAUAUGCCAUGGCAUCUUUGUGUUUUUAUGCAGCAACUGACAAGGUUUUAUUUUGCGUCUUAAGGCACGGAUGGGGCAACAGAAAAUACCAAAUCUAAACAUUGUAUUGGGUCGAAUUAAAUGGUCCUCAUUUCUCCAGGAAAAAAAUAAGAACUGUUAUUCUGCAGUGAGGUAAUAAACAUGCACAGGACUCACGCUCUACCAUUCGCUGGAUUUAGACAAAUCCUUGUAUGUAUGUAUGUAUGUCUGUGUAUAUUUAGGAGGAUUACAAAUGGUUACUUUUGGUAACACCAGAAAAGCACACCCUAGAUGGACCUUUUUACUUGUGUUGUUUAAAUGUACUCAGUCAUUGUUUAGUUCUUAUUCAUAUUUGUUAACGCAGAAGCUGACAUACAUUAAGAGGGGAAGUAACCGCCUUCCUUCAAAAUACUGUGAAUUUACAUGCUUUAAUUUACAAAAAUAUAAGAGCAGAUUAAAAAAUGAACUUUAUAUAUGCAAAUAUGUGUAAAUGUUUAUUAUUAAAAAAAUAGGCCAAUGUUUCUUAGGCGAUUGCUUUGUACGUUAAUAUCAAUGUACAGUCAGUCCAUGGAUACCAUAACCCACAUAACUUAAUAUUGUUAUGCUGCUGUAUGUGAACAGGCCAUGUUUAUGUUCAAUGAAGAAUCAAAUAAAACACAA